AUGAAGAAAGCACUCGUUCCUUUGGUCUUGGUCAUCUUCGCAAUAGAAUUGAGUCGUGCUGACGAUUCCCACUACGAUAUUCAACGCAAGCUUGUUUUAUCAGGCACAGUUGUUCCUGGUACAGAAAACGCCUACACAGUUGGUCUACGAAAGAAAAAAAAUGGCGAGUUAUUUUGCGGUGGAGCGUUAAUUAGCCCGACACAUGUGAUCACCUCUUCACGCUGCACCGUCAAUGACAUACGCUGGGCGUCAAUUGGUGCGCACAAUGUCACUGGAAGCAAAAGUGGGGAGCACAUUAAAGUGCUUUCGGUCAUGAAUCAUCCCAACUUUUCGGCGAACAUUGAAUUUAGCAAUGAUUUCGCGUUGCUAGAAUUAGAAAAAGCGACUCUGAUCAAGCCUAUAAAACUUGCAGCAGCUGAUGAUUCAGAUUUUAAGCCGAGAGCAAUGGCGACAGCAUUAGGUUGGGGGGCUACCAGCGAAGGUGGUACGGCGUCAAAGGAGCUCCUUCGCGUCAAAUUGCCUCUCAUCAGUGACGAGGAAUGUGAACAAGUGGCGAAGAUGGACAAGACAAUGUUGUGUGCUGGUGGUGUAAUCAGCGAAGAUGUUUGCAAGGGGGAUACUGGAGGUCCACUUGUUCUUGAAGCUGCUGGUAAAGAUGGAGAAGAUGUGCUCGUUGGUGUAGUCAGCUGGAGUAAAGCGAACGGCUGUGGUCGAGGACCCUUUUACCCAGGAGUUUACUCGAGAGUCUCGCAUGCACGUAGAUGGAUUGAUCCUAUCGGAAAUAGCAAUCACGACACUCAUAUAGUUAAAAAGAUUGACUCAUGGCUUCCACUGGCUUUGUAUCAUCUCCGAAUGGACCCGCAGGUUGCGAUCGUCAGCAAGAACGUAAUUGUAGCGGUCACACCAAAGUUGCCGGAAACGUUUGAAGCUGAUACAUGGAUCAAGUUAUCCGCCGCUGUGCACGCAGUUCAUGUAAAAGAAAUGUCAACGUUGAGCAGAGAAGAGCUUUAUCGCUCUGUAGAAGAUAUGUGCACUUGGAAAAUGGCUGCAAGUUUAUAUAAGCGACUUGAAAAGGCAUGUGCAUUGUAUAUUCAAAAGAGAGUGGAGGAAUUGGUGCAAUACACUGGAGGAGAGACAAAUGUUUUUCUAGAAGCAGUACACAAAUUAUGGGAAGAUCAUUGCGACGAUAUGUUGGUCAUUCGUACCAUCUUUUUGUACUUGGAUCGCACGUACGUAAUGCAGACGCCUCAUAUUGCAUCUAUUUGGGAUAUGGGACUAAACUUAAUGCGCGAUAAUCUUGUACAGCGUCAAAGCUUAGAAAAAAAGCUCAUUGAUGUACUAUUGGAGCUUGUGGAGCACGAACGCAAGGGAGAAGCUAUUAAUCGCAGUUAUUUGUAUAAUUUGCUAAAAAUGCUGUUGUCGCUGCACUUGUAUCAUCAAGACUUUGAGACUCCUUUUUUGAUAGCAUCCGAGCGGUUUUACUUGCAAGAAGGAGCUACAUUAGUCGAGUCGAUGAGUGUACCGCAAUUUUUAAUGCAUGCAGAAAAACGGUUGCAUGAAGAGACGGAACGGGUGAACCAUUAUUUGGAUGCAUCUACGAAGAAACAAUUGAUAGCUGUUGUCGAAAAGAAACUGUUACAACCUCAUGUCGCCACGUUAUUGGAGCGUGGAUUUGAUACUUUGAUGGAAGAAAAACGUAUUGAAGACGUUAAACGAAUGUACGCGCUUUUCGCCAGAGUCAAUGCAAUUGAUGAUCUCAAGAUUGCGUUUUCAAAUUAUAUUCAAAAUAAUGUAUCAAAGCUUGUUAUGGAUGAUCAGCAAGAAAAGACGUUUGUGGAAAAAUUACUCAAAUUGAAGGCGGAUCUCGAUGCUGUUUUGAGCGAAUCGUUUCAAUCGAAUUCGGACUUUUCAUUUGCUAUGAAAUCUGCCAUGGAAAAAGCAAUUAACGUACGGGCAAAUCGUCCUGCGGAACUUGUUGCGAAAUUUGUUGAUAUGAAGCUUCGAACGGGCAACAAAGGUGGCUCAGAAGCUGAAGUGGAGGCGCUUUUGGACCGCGUGAUGGUGAUUUUUCGGUAUAUUCAGGGCAAAGAUGUGUUUGAAGCUUUUUAUAAAAAGGAUCUGGCGAAGCGUUUAUUGGUCGGAAAAAGUGCUUCAUUCGACUUGGAGAAGCUGAUGUUGUCCAAGCUUAAGACUGAGUGUGGUAGCUCGUUUACGAACAAGCUGGAAGGUAUGUUUAAGGAUAUCGAUCUGUCUCAAAAUGUCAUGACGCAGUUCCAACAGCAUGCAGCUAGCAGGCAAGCAUUGGAGACGUUGCAGGUGAAUCAUGGCGUUCCAGACAUGCAAGUUCAGGUUCUGACGACUGGAUUUUGGCCACCAUACGCUGCUGUUGAAAUUAAUUUGCCACCUGCGCUUGUUCCACUUAAAGAAAUGUUUGAUAAGUUUUACUCAUCCAAGUACCAAGGGCGACAGCUUCAGUGGCAACACUCUCUUGCUCAAUGUGUAGUAAAGGGUAAUUUUCCUUCUGGUAAGAAGGAACUUGUAGUAUCGUUAUACCAAACGGUUGUGCUGCUUUGCUUUAAUGGAGCUGAUAAGUUGGGCUUUAAGGAGAUUAGAGAGCAGGCUCGUAUUGAAGAUGGAGAGCUGCGACGGACUCUUCAGUCCCUGGCGUGUGGUAAAAUACGUGUACUGCAAAAGAUACCAAAAGGACGAGAGAUCAAUGACGACGACAUUUUCACCUUCAACUCCAGCUUCACAAAUCAGCUCAUCCGUAUCAAAAUCAAUUCAAUCCAGAUGAAGGAGACGAAGAAAGAGAAUGAAGAUACACACGAGCGAGUGUUUCGGGACCGUCAAUAUCAAGUGGAUGCAGCGAUCGUGCGCAUCAUGAAGGCGCGCAAGAAGCUCUCGCAUGCACUGCUGAUGGCCGAAAUCUUUACGCAAAUUCGCUUUCCCGCAAAAGCUGCAGAUAUUAAGCGCCGAAUUGAAAGUCUUAUUGAUCGAGAGUAUCUUGAACGAGACUCGACCAACGCCCAGAUGUACAACUACUUAGCGUAA